CCCCCCCCCCGGCGCGCUUCCAACGAGCCACUUUUUUUGUUCUCCACACUCGAAUCCAGUAAAAAAAACACCAUGGGCGCUUUAAAUCUGAUUCCGCUCUUCAUCCUCUUCGCUGUAGUUGCGGGGUUGGGUUGGGUGGGAUAUCAAAUCUUCCUCUACUCCGAAGAGCUAGCCGAGCGCGGCACGAAGCACAUGGAGAAGAAAAACGUCGUCUUCACCAAAGACGGGGCUAAAGUCGGGGUUAGGGAGCUGAAUGCGGAGAAGUAUACGGAUAGGACGCAGAAGGCGUUUGUGAAGACAUGGAAUGCGGCGACGGAGAAGAGUGGAAGUGGGUCGUCGAGGAGGUUGACGAAGUAGAUUGGGUGUGGUUUUUGGGUUAUUGGGAAGGGCGGUUGUUUAACUUGUCCAUUUGACUGGGGGAGAAGGAAGCAGGAGGUUAUUUGAUGAUGAGCUGGGGGAAUAUGUGGGAUUUUUCUUUUGGGGAUAUGGGAAUGAGAAGAUGAACAUGAAGUCUCUCUGUUUUUUUUAGCUCUUCUUUCAAUGCUCUUUGAGAUAAUAAAUUGAGUAUCAUUACGGCAACUUUGGUAUUA